UUGAAGUACUACUAAUUUUUUCCCAGUUGUUGCCUAGUGAAAUUACGGAUUAUGCAUUCAAAAACAAGAAAAAAUGGCGGGCUAAUCUCCUCUUUUCUCCCUCUUUCUCUCUCUCACACACAUCCAACGCCUCACUCUCGCACUAGCGAUUUACAGACAGUCAGAUGCAGAGCUCUGGGGGAAGCAAUGUGCUAACACAAAUGGCGGAAAGGCGAUUAGUGUGUGAACGGGAAAUCCCAAUUCAACAGCGGAGAGUCGAAGAUGCGCUCGCCUCUUAUCAUAAACUUUUCGAUUCCGCUAAGUCUGGAGCCCAAAACACCAUUCAGCUUCAAGAGAAAUUGGGAAAGCUAAAAGGGGAGUUGAGAGAAGCUGAGGAUGCUCUGGUGAAGGCGCUUGCUGUGAAGACUCGGAAAGAGGCAAAGCGGAUGACUAUCAUGGAAUCUUCAUCUGUUACGAAAGCUAGAGUUGAAGAAUUAAAAGGACUUGUGAAAGAUCAGCGGCAAAGAAAAGAUGAAUAUGCUGCUAUUAUUUCUCAACAGUCUGAAGCAUUGACAGCAUGCAAGGAAAAGUCUAACCAGAACAGGGAUUACAAAGAACAAAUAGAGGAGGCUGUCUCUUGGUAUAACAGGGUCCUUGGUUUCCGUAUAGAAUGCGGACAUGGUGUAAAAUUCAUAUUCACAAAUAUUAGACCUAAGAACCCAAAUGAAGAGUACUCCUUUGUCAUUCGUCAUGAGAAUGAGACCUACAAUUUGCUCAAGUGUGAUCCACAUCUGAGCGGGACAAAAGAGCUAGUGAACGAGUUAAAUAAAAGUAAUGGACUAUUCAAAUUUGUGAGAACCAUGAGAGAAAGAUUUCAACAGGCGGCAGCACAGGGUCAUGUUUCUAACAAGACAUAUAAUGACUAUCAAGGGAUUUCUAUGCAUAGCUUGUCUCUUGAUCAAGAUUCUUCAAUAAUCUCUCUUUCUGGUCCAGUAGCUUCUUUUUCAACCGAUCAUAGACAUGAACCUACCCUAGAGAAGGGACUACAAUCUGCUGAAUCUGAUACCAUUUCAAGAAAAGUCGGCAAAGGAAAUCAAGUUCAGUCUCCCAGAUCUGCUUCUUCUGUUCGCCGUUCCUCACGUCUGAAGGUCAAGAAUUGAAGAUUUGUCUCGGCUUAAUCAAAUCGCGAUUACUCAUCUUCUCAGUAGCCCAUCUGGGAUGUAAAUGUCUCGUCUUACCAAUAUUGCUGAAGGGACUGCUCUAUCGUCUGCUCCGUAUAAGCAGUGAGUUGGGCAAGCUUGUUUACUGGCAGUAGCAAUGAGUUGGUGUCUUGGUGAUGCGCGGUGCCGAAUGCCACAUUUAGUGUGCUAUAGCUGAUGUAGUGUGUCUUAAUUUCUGUCGAACCGUUGAAAUAUGGGCAUUAACUACUUAUAUUGAUGUAAUUAAGUUAUAUACUCCUAACCCAAGUUUAAUGAUGCUUGCUAAAAUGUACUAAUAGUACAUGAUUAAAUGAUCUAAAGGUUUGAAGAAA